AUGAAUCGACUGUUCGGCACAAAGAGUACGGCCCCCAAGCCGUCUCUAGAAGGCGCCAUCUCCAAUGUCGACACCCGAGUAUCAAGCAUAGACGUGAAACUAGCAGCAUUAAACUCGGAACUACAAACCUACCAAUCGAAGAUCGCCAAGAUGCGCGACGGACCUGGCAAAAACGCGCUACGCCAGAAAGCCCUGAAAGUCCUCCAACGCCGCAAACAAUACGAAUCUCAGCGCGACCAGCUCUCCCAACAAAGCUGGAACAUGGAGCAGGCAGGCAUGAUGCAGGAUAAUCUUAAGAACGUCAUGACGACUGUGGACGCAAUGAAGACUACGACGAAGGAAUUGAAAAAGCAGUAUGGCAAAGUCGAUAUCGAUAAGAUCGAGCAGAUGCAGGAUGAGAUGGCUGAUCUGAUGGAGGUUGGGAAUGAGAUUAACGAGAGUAUCUCACGUUCCUAUGAUGUUCCUGAGGAUGUUGAUGAGGCUGAGUUGGAUGCUGAGCUUGAGGCCCUUGGUGAGGAGUCUAUGUUUGAGAGUGGGAUGGGUGAGAGUGCUAUGCCUAGUUUCUUGCAGGAUGAGGUUGCGCCGCCGACGUUCAUCGAUGAGCCCCCUGAGCAGACUAAGGUCAAGGAGGCUGCUGGGGGGCUUGGGUAG